GGAGAUAAGAAGAGGUGCAUUCCGUAUCCUUCCAGCAGCCUUCUGUUGAACUUGGAAUACCGGCGUUCGAGCAAUUGAGCAGAUGGAUAAUGGAGACUGGGGAUAUAUGAUGACUGAUCCAGUCACGCUAAAUGUGGGUGGACACAUGUACACGACAUCCCUCACAACUCUCACGAGAUAUCCCGACUCAAUGCUUGGGGCCAUGUUCAGGGGCGACUUCCCCACUGCCAGGGACUCUCAGGGCAAUUACUUUAUUGACAGAGAUGGACCACUUUUCCGUUAUGUUCUUAACUUUUUAAGGACCUCCGAGCUCACUUUGCCACUGGACUUCAAGGAGUUCGACCUACUUCGGAAAGAAGCGGACUUCUAUCAGAUUGAGCCUCUGAUUCAGUGUCUUAACGACCCCAAGCCGCUGUAUCCCGUGGAUACCUUCGAGGAGGUGGUAGAGCUGUCCAGCACCCGGAAGCUGUCCAAGUACUCCAACCCGGUGGCCGUCAUCAUCACGCAGCUCACGAUCACGACGAAAGUCCACGCGUUGCUGGAGGGCAUUUCGAACCACUUCACCAAGUGGAAUAAGCACAUGAUGGACACGCGGGACUGCCAGGUUUCCUUCACGUUCGGGCCGUGCGAUUACCACCAGGAAGUGUCGCUCCGAGUCCACCUGAUGGAGUACAUCACGAAGCAGGGCUUCACCAUCAGGAACACCAGGGUUCACCACAUGAGCGAGCGUGCCAAUGAGAACACGGUGGAGCACAACUGGACUUUCUGCAGACUGGCGCGGAAAACGGACGACUGACUCUGCGGGAGCCGCGGCCGUGACUAGCGACUUCCUCGGGCAGCGAACCCGAGGCAGUCUGCAUUUGGACUGAAGCAACAGCCUGGGCGCUUUUUUUUUUUUUAUACGACUAUUUAUUG